GGCAGUGCCCUGGGCCGGCAGCCCGCCCCCCCGGCCUUUCUCCCCGCCCAGCCGCCGCUGCCCGGAGCGGUCGGGCCGUGCAGCUCACGCUUUACAACGCGGCCGCCCCCGGCUCCGCUCCGUCCCGCUGCCGGCAUGAAUUAUUCUCGGUUUAUCACAAGUGUGAGUGCAGCAAGAAAAGCAUCUCCAAUAAGAGUACUGACUGAAUUGAUGCAAAAGUCUCCUCCAUCUCUCAUCUCUCUGGCUGGAGGGGCACCAAACCCUGCUGUUUUUCCAUUUAAGAAGGCUACUAUUGCCACUGGACAUGGAAAUGCUGUUGAGAUCGGGGAAGACUUAAUGAAGAGGGCUCUUCAGUACUCUGCCUCAGCAGGGAUUCCAGAACUGGUGUCGUGGCUAAAGAACUUUCAGAAGAAUCUACACAAUCCCCCCACAGCCAACUACAGUCCUGAGCAAGGACAAAUGGAAGUGUGUGUCACAACCGGCAGCCAGGAAGGCUUGUGCAAAGUAUUUGAAAUGCUCAUUAAUCCUGGGGACAGCAUCCUUUUGGAUGCCCCCACAUAUUCUGGGACACUAGCAGCUCUGAGACCUUUGGGCUGUAAUAUUAUUAACAUUCCGAGCGACCAACAUGGCAUUAUUCCAAAAGCUCUAAAAGAAAUCCUGUCUGCUUGGAGUCCAGAAGAUAUAAAAAGUCAUAGCCGCCCUCUCCCCAAAUUCCUGUACACAAUUCCAAAUGGCUGCAACCCAACUGGGAACUCUCUGACCACAGAUCGCAAGGAGGAGAUUUAUCAGCUUGCAAGAAAAUAUGAUUUCCUUAUAAUAGAAGAUGAUCCUUACUACUUUCUUCAGUUUGAAAAGCCAUGGGCUCCAAGUUUCCUCUCAAUGGAUGUGGAUGGCAGAGUCAUCAGGACUGACUCAUUCUCUAAAGUUCUCUCAUCUGGGUUGAGAGUAGGUUUUCUGACAGGUCCCAAGACUCUUAUUGACAGAGUUAUUCUGCACAUCCAGGUUUCUACAAUGCACACCAGCACUUUCACACAGAUAAUAAUAUCACAGCUUCUUCAGCAGUGGGGAGAAAAGGGUUUCUUGGAGCACACAGACAGAGUUGUGGAGUUCUACAGGACCCAGCGGGAUGCAAUGCUCAUUGCUGCUGACAAAUGGUUAAAAGGCACCAACACUUCUGUUAGUGGAAGCUGAGGGACUGAUGUAUGCCUGUUGUUUUUCCUCUGGCUAAAUGGUACUCCAGAAUGGUGACUAAGUAAUACUCUAUUACACUGCUUCUUAUUUUCUCCCAAGUAGAACUCCAUUCCAGUCACAUCGUUAAGAGGUUAAGAAUUAGAGGUACCUUUUCAUGGCAUUCCUGAUGAAUUUACUUUUCUCCUCAGCUGAGAUUUAUUAAAAAUUAGGUCUUUUAACUGACCCCAGAACUUACUAUCAGCACAGUCCUACAAAUGAAGAUCUCAGUGAUAUACACUGGGACUUUUACAUAGGUGAAUACCCAUGGGAAAAUAAGAAUUAGACAAGUUUCUAUUUCUUCCAUACUAACUCUGCUUUCUUGUAUGAAGUUAAACAGGGGCAGAUUUACAGAGCUGCCAAAACAGAAUAACAUGUGGAAUUAAUACAGUGCCAGUAAAGGAAAAUGUUAAAGAAACAAGGCUUUUCUUUGUAAGUUUUACAGCAUUAAAAGCAUGGUCUGUAACACCUAUAUUAAAACAGCAUGGUUAUGUAGAGCCUCGGGGCUCACAAUAAAAGAAAAUUGGUCUGGAAAGCAAUUAAUAGUUUCAGAUUAAAGGGGUGUUCACUACUCCAGCAAAGAAGCAGUAGGAUGAAUCAUUUUAGCUAAUCUCCAGGAGAUAAUAUUUGGAUAUUUAGGUAUCUUGAAUAUUGUUAUCCCAAAUUCUUCACACACUGAAAUGAGAUUUCCUUAAGCAUGUAACCAAGUGAUACAUUUGUUGUAAUUUUCCAUUUCCAUUGUUGAAACUGGCACUAAUUAGUUAAAAGACAAGGUUACAACAAACAUGGAGUUAGACUUAAACUUCCCAGUGGGGAAGUCUUCCAGCAUCUGCCUCUUGGAGCAUUAGCUGCUGUACCAAGAAGGGAAAGUAGAGAUAAAUAGUUUUCCUUUGAGUUUCUUACAAACUCUGUAGCACUGAGGUCCAACUCCCAACAGUAGAAGUUCUAUGUAUUGCUGCAAACAAGAUGGAGCAAAGUAAGAACAGUCAUUGCUGCAGAUGCUUAUCUCAGAAACAUUUAAACAAAUGUGAGUUUUCCAUAAGUCAUAGCCUCAUGUACUAGACAGAUUAUUUACAAGUACACAGCAUGACCAUUAAUAUUAACUGUAUGACUUUAAAAUGUGCCACGCAGUUGUUUCCUCUCAUGGGCUGCAGAGUACAUUAGAAACAAAAGAUUUUAUUAUUCUGAUUUCAGUAAUCUGUAAGUUCUUAUACAGUGUUUGAGAAGCAAACCAGACAAUUGAAAUGUUGAGGUUUGGGGAAUUCAGAGUUGUCUCUGUUUUCAGAAGAACGGAAAAACAGCGUCGUCUAGUUUUGUUUAGGAGCAGGGUUUUUCAUCAAGAGAGUUCCACCAAGCAUCCUGCCGCCAUAAAAUUAAAAUACAUGAGCAUAAGUGUAAAGAGCUUUGUGAUCUCUUUAUAAUUUCAAAUGAUACAGAAUAAGUUAAAAAGCCAGAUGAAUGUCUGCAAGUUAUCUUAGUGUUUGCAAGUUAUCUUACUAACAGCCAAGAGAUUUGGAGAAAGAAGGGUUAACAUAUGCAUGCUGACACAGAAAACACUGUUAACAACAACAAAGAAUGAUCUAAUGGAAUACAACAAGCAAGCUAGUCUUAUGGUACACUUUAGACACAGGAGCUAAUGCCAUGCUACUGAAAAAGAAUUAAAUUUUCUGUAAAGAUUAUCAGCAGCAUUUGUAUUUGAUUAGAAUGGUUUCUCCUCAUUUCCACUGGACUGCUCAAAUUGUGACAUGCUACCCCUAACUGUCCAUAGGCCCUUCCAUAUUACAUCCAUGUAAUGCAUUAGAGUGCUUUAAAAUGCUUGGAUUAGAAAUUGCAAGACACUGUUCCUAAGAAACUGGUUACAUUUUUGUCUCGCAUGUUUUCAAUUACAGGCUCAAAUUUUUUGCUUGAUUCCCACCAAAAUCACACACACAGAAUUCAGACAGAUGGACCAAACGUGUAGUGUUAGUGAACAUGAACUGCCCUGGAUGAACAGAUGCAACUGAUAAUGCUGUUCACCAAAAGGUGUUUAUAACGUACUUUGGGCCCUAUUUUUUCACUGAAACUUAACUGCAAAAGAUUUUAUUUUCUCCACAGGACAGUAUGAAAUCAGAUUUGGUUUGCUUUGGUUUGAAGUGGUAAAUAAGUCAAAUUAUGCAAGAGUGAUAACUUUGGGAGAAUGAGUUUGCACUUGUGUAUUGACUGCCUCUGUCAUUCUCCGAAGCUCUGUGUCCUCCUAUUUGAGGCUGCCUCAUUCCAAGGGCUUUUCAAAAGAAUUUACAAGAAGGUGGCACCUUUCUAAUUCUUAUCUUCCUUUGCUUUUUGAUGCCAUGGUCUGGCAAGUAUCAUCUGUUAAUAUCAAACAGCCCAGGUUUUAAUUAGAAUGCAUUUUGGGACCCAGAUUCAACAUUUCCAAAACAAGAGCUCCCAAGCAAUAUGUAUCACUAUUGCCAGACAAAGGUUUAGGUGCUUUGCUGUCUAGCUUAUAUUGGAGAGGAUGAAAAAAGGAUUGAGAUAAGCAAGAAGACAAUCUGGGAAAGAGAAAAUAUCUUUAAAUGCUUUAUUAAAUCCUGGAGCAAAACACUAGCAUGCAAUGCAGCAUUUCUGCAUUCUGUAAAUGUGGUUCUUUGCUGAAAUUUUCCCCUGGUAACUGUGUUAUUGAGAUCAUUUCUAAGCUCCCAACUGUUCGUUUAACUGGGUGAGUUUCUCUAAUCUGUACACAACAUAACUUUGCUUAUACUGUGGCAAAAACUCUUCUAAUGUGUUACUAUCAUGACAAAUUCUUUUAUAAUUUUCCAGCAUGUUCCUCUAUCCAUUUUUUUUUUCUUUGCAAAAAGAUCCUUUUCUGCCACUGUGUAUAUUCUUUGUAGUCACAUCUAAUUCACAGGUGAAUUUAAUAGCAGGAAGGGAAAGGUGUAAGGAAAUAGUAGUAGAACUAGAAGUAGUGGUGAAAGCACUGCCAUGGCAGAGCUGCACACCAAAGUCACCACAGCUGGAACUGAAAUUCAUGUACAGCUACAGUGCUAAUCUACGCCAUGGUGUGGGAGAGCAUAGAGGAAGCAGUGAAGGAGGAACCUCUCCACUUGUUACAUAUUACUCUGCCACAUGGAUGACUGACAACCUGAGGGCUUUGCUAUAGAUCAGCUGAGAGGUCAGUGCUACACACUCAAAUUUAUACCGUACUUUCAUAAAAUGUAUGGGAACUGCUGAAUCAUGGCCUGAACCUCUGAUUAACCACCUGAGGCAAGCAAUAACUCAGCCCUGGGAGCACAGCCUGGCUCCAUCUCUCCUAGACCCCUUUAAAGAGCUGACUAUCACUGGGGAAGGAUCUCUUUUGGAGAUUGCUCCUUGUGGAGACUUUCAGUGAGCCCAGGAUAAGGGUAAGCUCCAUCCAUUCUUCUCUAACAUAACAACUUGUUAGCCUAACUCUUCUGUAUAUUUCCUAAUUUUAACAUCACUAUAUUCACUGAUUUCAUAUAAAGCAAACAAAGAAUUAAAACAUGGCCUGAUUGUACUUUUUUUUUCCCCCCUUAGAAUAAAGAAGGAAAAAGGAGAAAAAGAAAUAAAAAUCAGCCAGGUGAUCUCAUUUUCUGAAAAUCUUUCUUUCUAAGGCAGCCAUGCAAGAAAACUAUACCCCUCCAGCUAAAAAGCAGUGCAUAGGAUGUCCAGAAAAGUAAGGCAGAUAUCUGUCCCUUUAGGAAGCUUAUCUUUUUUCCAAGUUCUUAAGGUGAACUGUUGUCUUGCAGUUCCUCAUAAGGCAAAACAGAGUUUUUUUCUGUAACGUAUAACACAGUUUAAAUUGCACCAUGUCAAAAGACUAGAACUUAAAUUGCCAUGCAUCUCCACCCUUUUCAGUGUGUAUAGGUGGUUAAAUACAAGACACAGGGAGGACUUGACCUCUAAACAUCAAGAGAUGGUUGCUGGCCCUGCUGAAUACACAAUUUUCUCCAGUAAGGUCAUGUCUGCACUGGAAAAUUUUGCUGCUAUAACUUUCAUUGACUUUCAGUUUCUGCUAACAGUAGGUGAAAGUAAACCCAACUCCAGCAUUGUGCCCCAAGACACCGUUUUAUUCUGACAGCUAAAGCCCUCCAUUUGCUGAGUCACUGAAAACUUGCAGUAAUGAGCCUGUCCAAAUGAAAGGCAUCUUUACAACCUUGCCACUGAUUAAUAAAACUUCGACUAGAUAUAAGUUUCUCCUACAGGCACCUACACUCCAUCACCUGCACAGCAGCAAGGGCAGCAAACAGCCUCCUCAGCAUCUGAGGAUCAAUCGCAGAGGUGCAGAAGGGGAUCCUACUGCAGAGGAAACAGGAUCAACCUUGUGUGCAAUGGUAAUUGAAAUCUCCAGUCAAAACACAUGCUCCAUGGACAUGAUGAUUUUUUUCUGUAUUUAAUUUUUAUGUGUCAUGGUGGAUGAUAAAGAAAAUAAAGGUAGAGCUACAUCACACACUGCAAGGCACAUAUGACAUAAGAGAAGACAAUAAUUUAAUCCACAAGAAUGCACAACUUCAGUGACUCAUCAGAUUUCCAAAACAUAACAAAAUGUACCUAGCAGAUUCUAAUGAAGAAACAGCACAGCCUAAUACAAACUACUGUAUUAUUAUAUAAAUUUCUGUAUAUUUUGUCUUGAAGUGUUUUUUCUUUAGGUUGUGAUAAAGUUUUACUAACAGGCCUCAGAGACACACACACAGUGACACACUCUCACAAAGACAAGUAUUACUGCAUAAAUCACAAUAAUUUAAAAACAAACAAACAGAGCUUUUGUUUCCAUCCACACAUUAUGUCGGAGCAAAAGCUUGUUUGUUUUCAGGUAAGCAAGCAAACUAUCCCAUGCCUGGAUUUACAGUCCCCUCUGAAUGUAGGCAGGCCCAGAAAAAGCAUUUCAUUUCCAGGACAUCUUACAAAAAUUUGUACAUUUACCACACAGCUUAAUUAAUCUUAUUCCAUGGUUUAGAAUGCUAAGACACAAAAACAGUGGUUUGUCCAAAGUUUCUGAGGAAGCCGGUGGUGGAAACCCAAACCUUUUGCCUGUCACGUUCUCUGAUUCAAUCACAAGACCUUCAUCACUUUGUUACUAGUGGUACAUUAAAGACCAAAGUCUACUGUAACCAGCAGUUACAGAGUACAUGUAAUAGACUAUAGAAUUUGGCAUUGCCUUUUGAUGUAGUUGUAGAUCAUAAUAUGAGGAAGAUCUGUUCCCCAGAGAUUGCAUCGUUCCACUGCUGGAUGUGAGCAGGCUGGACUGUUGCAGAUUUCAGAUAUUCUGCUGUUCUGGCAGUGGUUAUUUUGUCUGCAUUCAAUAAUUAACCCAUCAGCUGCCACUGGUCAGCCACUAACUUUGCUGUUUUUUUAAAGCUUACACGAAAAAAACAUCAAAGCUUCCUCUGAGAUAGCACUUAGGAUUGAUUUCCAAUGAAAUUAUAGCUGAACACAGCAGGCGGGGUACUAAAGAAUGACAUCUCUGUGACUGACUCAUGUCUUUGCUGUGCUUUGAAAUCAAGAGCCCUGAUUUGUUUAUGUUUCUACUUGGAUUUGCUUCCAACCUCCUGAGAUUCUCCUGGGCCCAGAAAGAAUGCUUGACAUAAGGCAGAUAGCUGAAAGGUCAGAAAGCACAGGGCAUGUCUGCAGCAACUGUGCUGCUGCUGUAUUUGCCAGAACCCAGCAAAUGCAAGUGAGAAAAUAUUUGAGUAAGUGUUCACCUGAAGUUCUAGCUCAGCCUCGUGAAAAAUACUGAUCUGUAUUAACUUGCACAUAUACAUUCGUAUGGAACAUAUCCACAUCCCUCUAAGCAGCGUCUGAUUUUUCCACUCUUUCUUCUACAGAUUCAUGGUGAGCACAACCCUAGGUUUCUUUAACCUGAUGACUCUGACCAGUCCCACAUCUACAAGCACUGUGGUUGACACUGGCUGCCACUGACACCCAGCACAGCCUGGCAACUCCUGUGUAACCAACUUGUCAGCAACACUCUAUGCAAAAUUUGCUUACUCUCAUUAGGACACUUAACCUUAAUUUGGGAGGAAAUACAAAGCCAGGAGUACCAUUACUCACAGGUAAUUAUGAGACACAUAUGUUACCAGAAGCUGUUUUGUAAUGGUGUCUGUUCUAUUUUAAAAACAAUUGCCUUGCAAAAUUCUCCUGGAAAGCUGGACCUUCCUUAGAGCCUGUUCAACUUCUUUGGCAAUGAGCAGAAAAUGGGCAAGGAGGAAAUAAACCCUCCGAGGGAACAAUUAUUUUUCAAACAGCUGCAUAUGCUAAUAAUCAGAAAGCACUGCCUAUAUAACACUGCCUGGAAGACUAACCACAGACAGGGGCCUAAAUUGUUGAAUGUUUUUGUUCUGUUUCCUAUGACUGUCAAUAAGCAUACAGCCCACCACUGAAGCAAUUAAGUUCCUUAAGAGAACAGCAAAUGAAGUUAGCAGAACUUUAAUUGAAAGGUGCUGGCUGCAAGCAGGUUGCAUGGAAGAAUUUUUUCAGGUUGAUGCACAAAGUUACAGCUUUCAUGCUGAAAUUCUUGAUAGCCUGCUAUCACAGUGUGCUGCAAGUGAUAUAUGAUGAUGAGUGAUAUAAAUGCCUUAGCAGAGGUCACAUAUCACAUAACCAAGUGAUGGAAAAGUGUUGUACCAAGCUGCCAGGCUCUGAAUAUGAGUCUAAAGGAUCUGCACAUGCCCACAUAUAUGCUGAGCAGAAAGAGAUGAAAUUAGCAUGGUCAUUCCCUGUCUAUCACAGUCACUGUGGAUCACUUUUCAAUUAGCAGAAAGGACUCUUUAGGAUUUUUUCAUCUACUAUACAUCCUUCUUCACUGUUGUACUGCUACAGAGCCAUUCAUACAAUAAGCAAAGCAACUCUUCCUCCACUACUAAACAGGAAUUAUGGUUGUACAAAAUAGAAAGACCCCAAUCAUUUCUGUAAAUUGUUGCAUGGCUUUUUGUCAUAAUCUACUCCAAAACACUUGCUGUUACUUCUGCAAAGCUCUGUCAGGCUCACAUUAAGCUUCUGACACAAGAAGGCAUGAUCUCCAAAGAUGGUAAAGGCGGUAUAGCUGUUACACCUCACCUUGUCAGGAAAAAAAAGCCAAAACAAAACAAGACUGUUGCAAGGAAAACUAGAGCUUAUGACCAAGAUGCUUAAUUUGCAUCUUUCUGAAGUCCAUCAGCCUAAAAGCAAACAGCUGCAUCUGAAACAACGUAACAGAUGUAUUUCACAGGCCAGUGUUAAAAGUUUCCCACACUUAAAGAAGUAAAGCAUAUGAUGUAAUGCAGAGAUGUCCCUGCUGCCUUGCAAUGCCUUCAGUUCUGACAGCUCACAGCUUGGCCGUGACAGCAAUCCCUUGCAGCUCCCCCAAACCUGACAGCUAUAGUGAGUCCAUUUGCCCUCUCAGUUUUUCCUAUUUUGGAGGACCUAAAAUACCCAUUUACUUAUCAAUCGUAAUACUGCAGAAAGCUAAUAGGGAGCAGAAAUCCUCUCCACCUUAUUGGUGCAGAAAACUAAACUUUUUCUGAGCCCACAUAUGACCAAGCAGUUUAGUGUUUUUGUCUCACUUCCCCCGGUCUGUGAUAACCCUAUGAUUAGUUACUUAUCACAUACAAACACACUUCAAGUGUUACAAUACUGUAGCCAAUUCUGUUUGCUUUGAGCCUGGAUCUAUGGAAGGAAAGAUGCCAAGUAGCAGUGAAAUUAUCUCUAGCUAGCAAAUCUCUUAAAACCUUAAAGCACGCAUUGUGAUCCUGCACGUCAGCAACUACAUGAAGGUAAGUCAGAAAGACUUGAGAAGCAGCAUCUGAGCAAAAUGAGGAGCAGCACUGCUUCUGCUUGUUCGAGUUUGCCAUAACAUUGGAAUGAUGGAUAUUUUUGCAACAUGACUAUUACAUAGAUUCCUUUUUCAGCUGGAAGCUUAAAGAGCAAAAUCCAGGGGGAUUAUGCACUCCUAGGAGCAUUUCCUCUUUGUUGCACUAAGGGAUCUGAAGCCGAAGGGCUGGGAACACUGUAGCCCAUCUGAAAAGAAAACAGCUACAGGGCAUGGAGCAAGUCCUCAGAUUAGCUAAGGUGGUUUGUCUUCAGAAUGGCAGCAGUGAAGCUAUGUUAAAAGCAAGAAUGCUGCUAUUUACACCAACUACACAGCCUGUGUGUCUAAAAGACUUUGAUCUGUACAGACUACCACCACUGCACAAUCCUCUGAGCUGUGCUGUUGCAAAGCACAUAGCGUGGUGCAGGUGAGGUGAGCAGGACAGAAUCAUCACUCAGUUUCUACACUGCCAAGCUCCAUCACUCAGAAGGUGCAGAGUGAGACCAUCCACCUGCCUAAGGGAAGAGAAAAUGCAAAGUGACAUCUCUGUACAGUUUCUGGAACACUUCAGAGCUUCCAUAUGCUUUUCUCCAGAGCUGAACUGUAUCUCCUGCUUGUGAGUGAUUUGUCUCACCACGCAGCUUCCAGAGGUAGUGUUGAUGUGAUGGUUGAUUCCAAAUGUUAGAGACUGUCCCAGGCAAGUAGAAGUGGUGCCUGUUUCUCUUCUGCUGCCUCAGACUGGAUUAUUCAGUUCAUUUCGGAGCAGUACUGUCACAAAAGGAAAAUGUUUCCAACACAGACAAAUAGCUGAUUUAAAGUAUAAAUUCUGAAGCACAAGACAUGAACCUAAGGCCACCCUAAGCAAGCAAGGCAAUCAUUUGUGACUUGAGAGGACAUAGGCUUUGAAGCCAUCAAAUAGAACACCAUGGAGAGAUGCAAGAUGGAAAGUGUGCAUGGUGCUUUUAGUACAUGAAAUGAUACUACUGCUGAAAGUCCUUACAUGCUCAGUAUUGAAGUCUGUUACCAGCAUACAGUAUGUUAGUUGCUGACAGUUGGACUAUGUCAGCUCCAUUUUGUCUUAUUUAUGCAACCUGGUAUCAGCUGGGACAGAGCUGAUGUUCUUCAGCAUCUGGUAUGACACCACGUUUUGGCUUUGGAAGAAAGACAAUAUCGAAGACACAUUAAUGUUUCUACUUAAUGCUAAACAGUGCUGUACAGAGCCAAGGACAUUUCAGUUUCUCAGCUUCUCAUACUGUUCUGCCAGUGAGGGACUGAGGGGCACAAUGAGUUGCAAAGAGACAGAACCAGGGCAGCUGUGACCUAAACUGGCUGAAGGGAUAUUUCAUGUCAUAUGACAUAAUGCAAAAAAACCCUAUAAAAUCAAGGAGAGUUGACUAGGGGAGGCGUGAAGGUGGACGGGUGGAAGGGGAGGCUGCUACUGCUUGGGGACUGGCUGGGCAUUGAUUGGUGGAGGGAGUGAGAAAUUGCUUUGUCCAUCAUUUGUUUUAUAUGCUAUAUUAUCAUUACUUUUUUUUUUUUCUUACAAAUUGGCAUUGUUUGAAAUAUUUACUUAUUAAUGUAUAGAAACUGAUUUCACUGAUAUAUUAAAAACAAAAGAAAGAAUCUCA